AUGGAAGGCGAUUUCGGAUGGAAAAAGCGCUCGGUUGGAGAUGGGCGAGAUGGACAGAUGGACGCCUUUUUUGGUAUAAAUUUUGAAUUCUCGUGUCCCUUUUUGCGUUGAGAAACCUUCAAAUCAAAAGUCGGUUUUUUAGUUUUAGUCCUUUCCCUUCCAUUUCUAAUUUUUCCAAAAACAGUGUUUCUCAAAGCAAAAAGUAUUGUUGAAAACUUUCUUCUCGAAAAUUCCCUAAACCAGCUAAAAUAUGUAAAUUUUUCCAGGUGAUACUUCAAAUAUACUUGCGGGAUAUAUCGCAUAAAACUAUCGGAUAAUUUUUCUCCUCUAGGUGGCCAAAUUCAAAAAACGCAACGCGGUCGUGAUGCGGUCCUUUUUGGCGGGAAUUUCACGCGUUCAAAUUUUUAAUUUUCUCGGAAAAUUAGAUUUUCCUAGGACUACUUGCUAAGCCACAAGCUACAGUUGCAAACCACGAUUAUUUUCAUUUUUGAAUUCAAUUUUUUACAGGAAUCUUUUCAUUCAAAUGUUUUCGUUUUUGUUCCUUCUUCAAGUUUUCUGACUCCUGAAAAAAAAGUUUGAAUUUUGAUUUUUCAAAUAGUGAAGGCAAUUUUAAAUCGAAGUUCUAUAGUCUAGCUUGUGGCUCAAAAAGUUGUGGAUUUGAAAUUUAGCUGGUAAGUUUCGAAUUUUCAAUUUGAACUAGAACGCAACACGUCGCGCUGCUUGCAGUCUUUCUUUCUGAUCAGAUGAGAAUAAUUUUCUUUCAAACAGGCGAUAAUUUUAAAUUUCAGUUCAAUUAGGACUGCGACGCGGUAGAGAGCUAUCGUUUUUUAUUCUAAUGGCAAUUUUAUUUUCAGGCUUUUUACGAUAAAUAACUGUCUAUCAACGGCCAAAUUGUCAAGUCCCGAGCUACAGUACUUCUCUUUCGCUUCGAAACCCGAUACUCCACGAAAAACAAAUGUUGAUUCACUUUGUAAUUUAAUUAUUUUUGACUAUUGUACAAAAAAAGAAAUUGUAAAUUUCAUCUUUCAACGUUUUUCAGAAUUAGAUCCAAUUUUUCAGCUCACGACUUGACAAGUUGGGCGACAUAUUAGGUUCGAAAAAGAAAGAAUAAAAAUGACCGAGUUUUUGGACAGAAAAAAAUGAACUAAUAGCCGACCACUUCGCCCACUUUUUCUGUUUUUUUAUUUUUUUGAAAUAAUAUUUUUUUAGAGCUACUUAUACGGAGUUAAAUAAUCGAUAAUCUUAAGUUUUCUAUAUCUUUUGUAAUCUCUAGGCAUUUACUCCUAGUCAGAAGUUUUUAUGAGCAAAUUUUUUCCUUUCAAGAUUUUUUACGUUUAAAUUUAACAAAGUCCAAAAAUUCAUUUUUUUUUAUUUCUUCCUGGUUCUAUUAGAUUAGUGAUAAGUUAGCUAUAAGUGAAGUUAUUUUUUUUUUCUAGCUCCUUUCAAGUCUGUGAUAGGUGUAGUCUUUAUAGCAUCUCACGUAAGUUAGCCGUAAGUGAAUUUUGACCGAUGGUUUCAUGCGAUAUGACGAAUUUUACUCAAAAAUUCAAAAUGAAGGGAAAUUUCGAGAAGAAAAUUUACUUUUCGUUUUUUUUUCUUGUGCAUGUCCUGUCCUUUUGGGGUGAAUGUUGCCGGCUUCGGGCCUUUGGUCGGUGGCGGCGCAGAGAAAAAGUCGACUGUGUUCCUCGGCUUUUGUCCGGCCAGAGAGAGUACGGGAAAACUAGAGAGCUGUAGUUUGCCCUCUUCGAAAAUCCAUGCUCUCUCGCCGGCUUCAGCCGAGCACACAUGCGCCUUUUCCUCUGUUGAGUGGCAGUACUGUGGGGCGAGGCUCUUUUUUCCCUCCGGGCUCGUCAGUUCGAAGGUGGCGUCCAGUAUAUCGGGUCGUGUAUAAAUAAAUUCCGUUUUUAUAUGCGAAUUUUUUAAAUCUCUGUUGAUUAAGACAGUGCGGGUUUUAAGCUUUUUAUCAGAGUAGUUAAAUAUGAACGCUUUUGUUUUAGGCAGUCAUGCGAAUGAUGUUCGGCAGUUUUUUCGCUUUUCACUCCAAAAAAAAAUCUUUCAAAUUUUGUGAAGUCUGUUCAAGGUUCAGGGUUUCGUGAAAUUGUAAAAAAAGUUUAUCAUUAGUUGAAAAAAAGUUUUUUUCUAUUCAAACUUUUUUUCGGAUCAAUUUAUUUUUUUAGGAAGUUUACGAGAUGUUACAGAAAUAUGGAACUUAAUCAACUGGAAAAAAAUUAGCUUAAUUUUUUUAGAAACAGUUUUAUUUUUUUAUUCUAGGUAGUCUAAUGAAAUGUGUUUGCUAUACUUUUCGAAAUAAUGAUUAUUUUAAAAGGUUUUCAGAGGAUCCCUUAGCCAAUUUCUUCUGGGUUGAUAAGGAAACUCCAUUUAAUAAUGAAUAACUCACUUGAGAAAAUAAAUUAAAUGAGAAAAUAUUAGUAUUGAUAAAUUAAUUAGCAGGGUUUCUUUUUAUGAACUUCAUUGUCUAGUGCAGAGGUCGAAGGUAAGAAGUUCGAUGUUUGUAAACUGGUUCAGGAAAUUUUAUAUACUUUUUUUCUAAAUUAUCUCCAAUUUCGUGGAAUACAUCAACUCAAAAAUCAUUACGCUCCCUUGAAAAGAAAAAAUUUUGAUUCUGUUAACACGUUUACAAAAUUUGAACCACCAUACAUUGGGCUUCUGGUUGAUUAUUUUUAGCUUCUAAUUUUUUUUUCUUACCAAUGGGCUCUCAUAAAAGCGAAAUUUAUUCGUACACGACCUGAUAUGAGUCCCGAACCCAUGCAAAGACAUUCGAAAUGCUGGUUGGUAUAGUGGUAAAAUGAUUGUUUGCGGAACUUGAGACGAGGGUUCGAAUCUUUUCCAGCGUUAUAAUUUUUAUAGUUUAGUUUUGAGUAGUCGAUUUUUGGUUUGAAAGUUUUCAAGUAAAGAUUUUUUCGAAUUUCUUACUCUUCUCAUUAGUCUGAUAAGGAAGGUCAAGAUUUUUGAGCCUAAUAAAUCAGUCAGUUAGAUUUUCAGGAAAAUUAUUAGCCGUAUUUGGUUCAUAAGCUCUUAACUCGAUUGCUCUCUGAAUAAAGUUUUUAGAAGUUCGUUUUCAAAUCAUUUUUUUGAUUAAGAACCUUUUUUUUGAGUGUCAAAACAAAGACUCAUUUUCUAUUCAAAGUAAGAUUAAAAAUUGCAUACAGACAUCUCUAGAAGGUGUUAAAUUUCUUUCAUUCAUAGAGUGCUUGAGUUUGAGACUUGAUUUUAAUUUUGAUCUAAUUUUUCAAAACUUUGUUCCAAUAGACUAAAUUAUUAUUUAAAAAAAAUAUUUUUGUGAGCUUUUUUCUCAACUUUUUAUUCGUUUUUUUAUUUACAAACAGUUUUUCCAAUUUUUUUCAAGCAUUUUUCAUUGAAAAAAAUUAGCCAAAGAGUGCUUUUUGAAAGUUGAUUUUUUUCCGCUUGAAUAAACUUCUUUUUGUAGUUUUUUUAGAAAAGAGAGAACUUUUUUUAGUUUUUUUCGCGUUUCAGAAUAGAUUUGAUUAAUGCGAACCUUCUUCAAUUGUUCUCGAAACCACCCAUUUUUCAAUGAUUUUUCCCCAAAUUAGUCAAAUUUUAAUGUCUUUUUAGGGUCAGCUAAAUCAUCUUUAAAAGAAAUUUUACGAACUCAUGAAUGAAUCAAGUUGAGCCAACCAGUAUCUAGAGUCUUUCUGCAUGGGUUUGGGCGCCACCGGACAGUGCCUUGCAAGGGAAUUCGUGUCCCUUUUGUUGUCUCACACUUUCUGAGCUUCAUCCUGAGCCAAGUGAGCUCGAGCUCCUCCAACUUGAUCGUGAGGUCAUUUGAAACGAACAUGCUGAAAGUGUACUUUGUUGAAAGAUUGCUCUUAUACAAAAAAGUUUCCGAUUCCUUAUUCAAAUUUCAUCUACAAGGCUAUUGAGUCUUUACUCAUUUAACUUUUUCUAAGGAGCAGUAGAUUCAAACUUGAAACUUUCCCAGCUCAUCUCAGUCAAUCACCAACGAGUUCAGACGAAAAUCAAGUAGCUUGUGAAUUUUUAUCGAUUGAAAAUUUUGAAUGAAAGCCAAUUUCGUAAUUUUUUUUUUAUUGACAACGUUUUUUCAGACUGUGAUUGAGAUCAGUUGGGCGAGAUUGAAUAAAUGAGCCUUUCUUUUAGUGAAUCGAAAUUUAUUUCAAUUUUUGAACUUCUCCAGUUCACCAUAGUCCUUUGUGAAUUCGAAGAAAAAGUCAAAAAUCUUCGAAAACAGUUUUUUUUUGACAGUGAUGUUUGAAAACUCCAAUUCUUUAGCGUCUUGCACAUCAGUUUUUGAACUAGGAAAAAGUAUUAAGAACUUUUUCGAAAUGUUCGAAACCUUGCAGUUGAACUUUGAAUAAAAUCGGAAAUGUAAUCUUUAUACAGUGAACAUUUCAUGACUGCGAGUCUCUUGGAGUUUAAGCUUUUAUUGAAAACUUGUUGAAGUUAAAGAUCUUCUUUGGUUCAUCCAAGCUAGUCACUCGAAAAUCGUCAAAAACUUGUAAUUUUUUUUUUCUAAAAGACUUCAUUUUAUUUCACUCUCUUCUAAUAAUCCUUUGUAUUAAGCUUCACUGAACUAAAUGAUUUACUUGGAUGAACCUUUGAAAAUGUCAAAAGAGACGAAAGUUUAAUGAAAGCUUGGAGCUCAAAAGACUCAAUUUAAAAAAAAAUUAAAAACAUCCAAGAGCAAUCUUUCAACAUAGGACAAGUUCAGCACGUCGUUUCAAAUGGCCUUGUGAUCAGGCUGGAGGAGUUGGAACUCCCUUGGCUCAGAAUGAAGUUCAGAGAGUGUGAGAGAACAAUAGAGACAUGAAUGCACUUGUAGGUAACUGUCCUUUGCCGAGCUUGGAGGUGAAAGAAGCUUCGCUUGACAAGACUCUCACCAGGCCUCAAGCCACCUACCGAAGAGUCGGCCUCAGGCUCCACUGCACUCUGGAGUCUGAGGUCGAGGACUCCGGCUCGGGCUCCACAGCCAGCCUGUGGAGUCUGAGAUUCCGCCUCAGACUCCAGAGGCAGGGCUGGGGAGCUCGAGUUCGGGGCCCCCGACCGGCAACGGGAGCUCCAAAAGAAAGUCCGGCAGCGGCUCUGACCCUGCCGGACAAAACCAAGUACAAAAGGGGGAGGAGAAUACUUUAUUCAAAAUCAUGGUUCAGAGUGUCCGGUUCGAUACCACCCUCGGAGUACGACGUCGUCCGGCGUCCAUCCCGUCACAUCGCUCGACCUGAAAAACCACCCCAUUAGCCCCCAAUUCCCUCCCUUCGUUCUCGGAACCCUCCAACUCUGGGGCACCUUGGACGUCUUCUCCAAAUGA